AUUUUAGCAAAAACAAAAAUAAAUAUAAAAAAAAGUUAAAGCUUAAAGUUAUAAAUUUUAAAACAUAACACGGCAACACACUGUAGCAGAUUUCUGUCAUUUGGAAGUUUUAGUAGUAGAAUAUUGGUUGGCAACCCGUACAAAGUGUGACUUUAGUAGCAGAAUGUUGGUUGGCAACCCGUACCAAGUGGGAUAUUUUUGCGUGUGAAUUAGUGAAAAUCUUAAGAUUGGUUACUUGUAGUUUUAUACAAUGGUACCAUAAGGAAUUGUCCGUUAUGGGAGUAACAGGUCUUUGGAAGUUGGUUGAGCCUUGUGGCAGUCCUGUUCCUGUUGAAACUCUGGAUGGAAAAAUACUUGCAAUUGAUAUAUCCAUUUGGCUUCAUCAAGUUAUUAAAGGAUUUCAAGACAGUAAAGGUUCCUUGUUACCACAUGCUCAUUUGUUGGGUCUUUUUCAUCGUCUGUGUAAAUUAUUGUACUAUCGUAUACGUCCGGUGUUUGUAUUUGACGGACUGGUACCACAAUUGAAACGUGAUACAAUUGCUCGAAGGCACCACCAGCGUGUUAAGAUAAACAAUGAAGCGAAUCGGAUACAGGCCCUACUGCUUGAAUCACUUGCUAAAGAAAAAGUAGUGCAACAAGCAUUGGGAGUUAAUGCUCAAUUAUUAAUGAAAUCGCCUAACAAAAGAAAAAUUAGUCAUAAUGAAAAUGAAAAAGAUGAUAUUUUCAAAUUACCUGAUCUUCAUGCCGAAAAAGAAUCUAAGAAAGACCAGGAAUACACAGAUUCAAGCCUUAGUUAUUAUUCAGAAGUGUCAGAAGCUGAAAGCUCCAUUGAUGAUUCUAAUCCUUGGCGGGAAUAUAAUGCAAACAUUCAAGCAAUAGAUGUGCGUAGUGAACAUUUCAAAAGUCUGCCACCUGAAGUUCGACAUGAAAUAUUGGUAGAUAUAAAGGAUACGCGAAAGCAGUCUUCAUGGGGUCGUCUACAUGAAUUACCUUCGAGCAGUAAGGAAUUCAGUUCUUUUCAAAUGAAAAGACUACUUAAGCGCCGCGCUGUUCAGGAAAGUAUUGAAGAAACUGAGAAAGAAAUAGGGGAACGAGCUUUAACUUUUACAGAUUUACAAAACUUUUUUACUGAAGAGGGAAUAUUAGAUCGCGAAAAUAUACAUCAAAACGCAAAACCAGUAUGCUCCGAUGAAGCCGUCCGUUUUAUGUUAGUGAGUGAUUUACGGAAAACACUAUUGAAAGACGAUAAAAAUAAUGUAUUUACUACGGUAAAUGAUAACGCUGUGGAAAUAAGUGUAUCUGAGGAUAAAGUCGCACACAAAUUGGAAGAACCUAAAAAAAGGAAUAAAAGCUUUGAAAAUCGAUUAGAGGGAAUAGAUAUAGAAUACAAUGAUAAUUUAGCAUUAGCUAUUGCUCUCUCAAUGGAAGAUGGAGCGGAACCAGUCUACAGUAAUGAAGACUAUAAGUACAACACUAAUGAAGACCUUAAAUUGAACCGGCAACAACGUAAUCAAUUUAAAAAUGCCGCGAUUGGGCCUGCUCGUGCUUAUAUGAUUGAAUAUGGUGGAUGGAAUGACGAAGAGGUUGUUGAAAUAAUGGAAAAGACGCAAGUGGAUUAUGAUAGUGAGGAUGAGGAUUUUAAUGUUUCUAAGGGAAUCGUCUCCCCUUUCAGUUAUAUUUCUACCCAAUAUACAGACAAAAAUUCAAACGAUGUAAAUCCUAGCGAAACGGAAACGUCUAAACAAUCCUUCGAAGUAUCCAACCAAGAGAUACGUCUACGAAUAAGCGAUAGCUCAGAAACUGACUCGGAUUUAGAAGUAGUUGUCGAUAAUAUACCAGUGACUUGUAAAAACGUGUCCAAUUUAGAAGUGGUUAUAAAUACUCAAGACACAAUAUUACCUGAAGACGAUUUAUUUACAGAUAUUUUUGGUUCAAAAGAGGAAAAUGCAUCUGAAAUUGUUGCAGAAAAAUUUUUCACUGAACGUUCCAAUGUUUCUAGAGAAUGUUGUGAAAUUAUCAUACUGGACAGUAACCAAUUGGAAUCUAUUGAUAGGUGCAGUAAUGACAAUCAGGAAUCAAAAAACGAGAAAUUUUUGCAAACUAUUGAGCCAAAAACUACGAUAACAAUGGAAAAUAUACCUACAACUACUCAAAUGUCUUCUAUAUUCGAUGAUCUCAAAAAACAAGCAAAUGAGGUCAAAAACAUAAAUUUAGAUGAUGUUAAUAUUAAUGAAUCAAAAAAAAAGCUUGUGUCGAAUAAUGAAAUUAUAGAAAUAUAUGACAGUGAUGACCAAAGGUUGGAACAUGUAACGCCGAGUAAAUCACCUAAAUUUAGAACACCUACAAAAAACAAAAGUAUUAAUGAAUAUUUUGAAACUAAGUAUGUAGUGAAGCGAACUCCAGAGAGUAAUAAAAAGAAGGAUGAGAAACAAAAAUCUAAUGUAAAAUCCCCGUUUUUUGUGACGAAGUCAAACUCAUCCCACCGAAAAAAAAACGUUGUAAAAUUGUAUGAGUCUUCACUUCAUGGGCAAAAGCUCUCGAAAGCAUCCAAAACACUAUUUGAAAAUACCAGUAAAUCACCUGAAAAGGAAGAUGAGCUAAAGAAGGAAGUUAGUGCGAAUUUAAGUAGUGAGGAUUUACUAAAAACUGCAUCUAGCGUUCUCAAGGAGCAAAAAUCCACCGAGCAACUAGAAGUAUUAGCUUCAGAAUUAGCCAAAGAACGACGAGAUUUGGAAAAUGAACGUAACCGACAAGAUCGCAUGGGCGCAGUAAUUAAUCAAACUAUGCAUUCUGAAUGCCAGGAGUUACUGAGACUAUUUGGCAUUCCUUAUAUUAUCGCACCUAUGGAGGCGGAAGCACAAUGUGCUUUUCUUGAUUCAGCACGUUUAACUCAUGGUACUAUUACUGAUGACAGUGAUAUUUGGCUAUUUGGCGGACGAACCGUAUACAAAAAUUUUUUCGAACAAAAUAAACACGUUUUGAAAUUUGAGGCCAAUAAAAUUAGCCAUGCUUUUAACUGUGACCGUGCAAAAUUAAUACAGUUAGCUUGUUUAGUAGGUAGCGAUUAUACAACAGGUAUACAUGGCAUUGGUACUGUUACAGCUCUGGAAAUUUUGGCAACGUUUUCGAUUACAACGAAGCCUGCCAAAGAAGCUUGUAGCGAACCAAGUAUAACAACUAGCUCCGUUCUGUCGGCGUUAUACCGUUUUCGAGACUGGUUUAAAAUGCACAAAGAUUUAACACAGCCUACCGGUAGUUCUACACGUCUUAACUUACGAAAAAAAUUAAAAAACAUUGAAUUAAGUGACAACUUUCCCAAUCCUGCAGUCAUUGAAGAGUAUUUGUUCCCAACAAUUGAUGAUAGUAAGGCAACAUUUAGCUGGGGAUAUCCCGACGUUGAAUCUAUACACGCUUUCACGAAAAAAGUUUUCGGUUGGACAACAAUAAAAACAGAUGAAGUGCUUAAGCCUGUGCUGAAACGAAUCAACAAUAAACAAACUCAAUCCAGUAUACGCAACUAUUUUACGAUAAAAAGUCCUUUAAAGCCACCUGACUUAAAAGUAAGCAAGAGAGUACAGAAAGCGAUCGAUACAAUGGCUGGAAAAUUGAAUGAAAGCGAAGCAGAAGAAUCUGACCGACGUAGAAAAAUUCAAAAUGAAACUAUCAAAACCCAUAAUGAGUUGAAUAGUUCUGUUCAGAGUAAUUCUGCAUCAGAUGUUGCAAGCCCAAGUUCUGUAUUAACGAAAGGAAUGUGUAAACGUUCAUCUCGCCUACCGGAGAGCAAUCCAGUGAUCCCACAACGAGAAAAGUAUAAGGAUAUAAUGCGAAGAAAUAGAGAAAGCGCAGCUGCUCUGUUGAAGAAGUCUACUUCCCAGAUAUCAUCUAGAAAAAAUACCAAAAAGAGACGAGCAGAAUGAAAUCGAAAUUAAUAUAUGUAUUUACUAUUUGCUUGGUACUUGAAACUAACUUGUAAAGAAAAUAAUUAAAUUAAUUGAAUUUGGCAUUUCAA